GCUCUCGAUGGGAAGAAUGGAAGGAUCAGUUCACAGCAUAUCUUUCAUUGAAAGGAGUUGAGGACCAUAAUGAGAUGUAUAAAGCCCUCAUGUGUUUCGGAGGUGCAGAUGUCCGGAAAAUAGGCAAAACAGUGUCGAUGGAUGAAAGUACUGUGAUGGACAAUCCGUAUCGUGUAACAAUAGAGGCGCUCGAUAAUUACUAUUCACCUCGUAUGUCACUGCGGUACGAGCGAUUCAAAUUCAGACAACUCCAAUUCAACCCCAACGAGAAGCUUGAUCAAUUCCUUAUUCGCUUACGGGCCCAAGCAGAGCUGUGUAACUUUGGAGACCAAAGUGAGAAUAUGAUCAUGGAUCAAAUAAUAUUUGCUACAACUGAUGAUAAAUUGAGAGCAAAGUAUCUCGAAGCUGAUACUUCCCUCGAUGAUAUGUUGAACAUCGGAAGGACGUAUGAAUCAGUAAACAAGCAGGUUCAAGAGUUCCGUGGGAAAUCAAAUGUUUCAGCCGAAUUAAACACCUUCAAUAAAAUGUCCAACAAUCAAAACAAGAAACCAAGCACGAAGUGUACCAGAUGUCUUGGGAACCAUAUAUCAAACGAUCAGCAUUGUCCCGCUAAAACCUCUCGCUGCAAUAAGUGCAACAAAAUUGGGCACUUCGCACGUUGUUGCAGAGACAAUCGAAAGCACCGGUUCAGCAACGUAAAAACUGUGGCCAACGGAAUACACCAGAAUACGGAUAGGAAACCGAAAUUCGUACGUGAGAUCGACGAUGUUACCAAAAAUGUGGAGAUUCGAGAAUUAUUCCAUCUAGAUGGCAAACGAACGGUGAUGGCUGAUGUCGGUGGAGUCACUCUUCGCUUUAUUAUCGACACCGGAGCGGACGAAGACGUAUUGAGCACGGACGAUUGGACUACAUUGAAACGCUUAGGUUUCAGAGCGUACUCCAUCAAGAAAGGUAGUGAUAAAAUUUUCCGGGCAUAUGGUUCAACAACUCCUUUAACGGUGCUUGGAGAGGCAGAAAUGGAAGUUUCGAUUGACGGAGCAUCCUGUGUUAGCACGUUUUUUGUCAUCAAGGACGGCAGGUGCUCGCUGCUCUCUGGAAAAACAGCUGAAAAACUAGGCAUAGUGAAGUUCCUACGUACGCUCACUCCUGAGGUGACCUGCAUCAAAGGUAAAUUUAGUAUUGUUUAACUUUAUAUGACGUGUAUAAUGCAUAGUUUAAUUAAAAUACCCAGAUAUGUGUGCUUCGAUAAAAAUAGAUAAGUCUAUACCACCAGUCAGACAAUCAUAUCGACGAAUUCCAAUUCCUCUAGAG